ACUCCAGAAUCUCAACUCAUCAUAGCUAAGCUGAGCAUGUACGAGAGGAGAGAGGGAUUCUCCCGGGCUACCAAACACACCCUAACCAACCAAACGACUCGAUUUCGUCUCUCCAGAUACGGGGAAAAAGUCCACCACGCUACCAAACGCGCGCCCCUAGAGUAUACCCCCGUUCCCCCGUUCCUCCGUUCCCUUCUUUGUCCACCCAUCCUGAGAAAUUCCUUUUGCUUCGAUCCACCAAAAGGAGAAAAAAAACAGCGAAUCCUCCGAUCCGAGGCACACCGCACUCCCGCCGCUGAAUCGAACAGACUCGGCGCCAGUUCCUCCUGCGCUCAAUUGGAUUGGCGUGGAUUAAAGAUCCAUCCGGACGGGAUUUCUUUGUUGGCAUCUAGAGCUAGGCUCUUCAAGGAGUACAAGGAGGUGCAGCGAGAAAAGUCAGCGGACCCAGAUAUCCAAUUAAUCUGCGAUGAUUCAAAUAUAUUCAAGUGGACUGCUCUAAUCAAGGGCCCAUCAGAGACACCUUUUGAAGGUGGUGUAUUUCAACUCGCAUUCUCAAUACCUGAGCAGUACCCUCUGCUGCCUCCACAAGUCCGCUUCAUGACCAAAAUUUUCCACCCAAAUGUUCACUUCAAGACAGGUGAAAUAUGCCUGGAUAUAUUGAAGAAUGCUUGGAGCCCUGCAUGGACCCUACAGUCUGUUUGCAGAGCCAUAAUUGCUUUGAUGGCCCAUCCAGAAGCAGAUAGCCCACUUAACUGUGAUUCAGGCAAUCUCCUGCGCUCAGGCGAUAUUAGAGGCUAUCAAUCUAUGGCACGGAUGUAUACUAGGCUAGCUGCCAUGCCAAAGAAAGAUUAAUUCCAGGGUUGCAGAAGUAAACCAGAGCCGCGGUGGUGGCUGGUUCAAGUAUCACUCGCAAGCUGUCAGGUGUGACUCGUGCUGUCUUAUGAAUGUUUGUUUGCUUACCUGAUUUGUCUUUGUGUAUCUACAUUCUGGUGCUAAAAAUCGGCGAAAAACAUGAAUUCAAAUGCUUGAUUUAUGAUUUAAUAAUUAUAUUUUAAACUGGGAUUUGGUACUA